UCCGAGCAGCACUACUUCAACAGGUAAGUUACACAUGCACAAAAAGCUCCGUUUGUAAUGCAAACGGAACUUGGAGAACAUCGUACCUUUCAGGCUUAUUGCUAACGUCAAUCCUCUCGCAGUUACAACCACCAUGGUAUGCUUGAAUUGCUACUGAUCUUGAUCUGAUGGAGGGGUCUUAAGACUAUUUACUAACGUGGGGCCCGGUUCUCAGGUAUCCAUGAGGAGAUGUUGGUAAGUAGCAGGAUUCUUCUGCACCAGAGCCCAACCCGCUAACCUGGCUGCUUCUCAUAGAAAGAUGAGGUUCGCACGCGAUCCUACAUGAAUGCCAUCGUCCAGAACAAGCACCUCUUCAAAGACAAGGUUGUUCUUGACGUCGGCUGCGGAACUGGUAUUUUGUCCAUGUUCGCGGCCAAGUCUGGUGCCAAGCAUGUCAUCGGUGUUGAUAUGUCAACUAUCAUUUUCAAGGCCAAGGAGAUUGUUGCCAAGAAUGGCUUGUCUGAUAAGAUCACUCUGCUCCAGGGCAAGAUGGAGGAGGUCGAGCUACCCUUCCCCAAGGUCGACAUCAUCAUCUCAGAGUGGAUGGGAUACUUCCUGUUGUACGAGUCCAUGCUCGACACCGUCCUCUAUGCUCGUGACAGGUACUUGAACAAGGAAGGUGGCCUGAUCUUCCCUGACAAGGCUACUAUCUUUGCUUGUGGUAUCGAGGAUGGCGAUUACAAAGACGAGAAGAUCGGAUUCUGGGACAACGUCUACGGCUUCGAUUACACACCCCUCAAGGAAACUGCUCUUGCUGAACCCCUUGUCGAUACAGUGGAGGUGAAGGCCGCAGUCACUGACCCCGUACCUAUCCUGACACUGGACCUGUACACCUGCACAGUGGAUGACCUUGCCUUCAACGUUAACUUCAAGCUGCCCUGCCGCCGCGAGGACUUUGUUCAUGCUCUCGUUGCAUGGUUUGAUAUUGACUUUACCGCCUGCCACAAGCCUGUCCGCUUCUCGACUGGCCCGCAUACUAAGUACACGCAUUGGAAGCAGACAGUCUUCUACCUGAAGGAUGUUCUGACAGUGACGACUGGUGAAGAGGUCGAGUGUGAGCUUGAUGUCAGGCCCAACGAUAAGAACCGCCGUGACCUGGACAUCAAGAUCAAGUACCGCCUUGGAACGGAAGAUCCUACUAGACAGGUUCAGGGACAAGCCGAGUAUAAGAUGUGCUAAAAAAGAAGAAGAAGCUCUCAUCUUGGUACCAAGUGCCGGAUGAUGUAAAUAUUUCAGGUUCGGUUUAGCGAAGCGCUGGAAUCGCACAAUGCGUGCGAAUGAGGCAGUGUGAAAGCCGCAAUUACCAUCGGAGAUCGAACAGCGGCCUGAAGGUGGCCUGCUCGAGACGCGUUUGGAGACGAACGGGAAAAACUCUGGGUUCCGGGUGGCGGAUUGCAGAUACCGCAUUGCACAGUCACUCGUGUAGCCCCCAAAGUGGUCGUGGAGACAAAUAUGAACUUUGAUGAAGAACAUGAGAGACUGUAUUCCUAGAGUUCAUGGAUAUAUUUAGUCUAGAUGGUAGCGUCCAAGUGACAGUCAAUAAUGACAUGCAGUACGUUUGAUGAGCACAA